CAUUUCGCGCAUGCGUGUCACAAUUUUGGUUUUGUCGCUGGUAAAAUGGCGGCCCUUAAAACCGAAAUAAAUUCUCAAGAUAACGAGGAUGAAAAUGAAAAUGAGAACGAAGUGGAAGAAGUAGGUGCAGAGGGGGCUCCCGGUGAAGCGGCCAAAAAGAAGAAAAAGAAGAAGAAGAAGAAAAAAGCCGCCAAUGAAAAUAGCGAAGAACGUGUUGUGGAAGAUGGGAAGAUUGAAGAGGGGCAAAAUGGGGCACAGGAUGGCGAGGGGGAGAAGAAGAAGAAGAAGCGCAAUCGGAAGAAAGGUGGUAAACUCGCUCAAACCGAUCCACCGACUGUUCCAAUCGUCGAUUUAUUCCCCGACCAAGUUUUCCCAAUCGGUGAAAUCCAGGAAUAUCCCACGAAACAAGACGAUCGUACAGCUAAAGAUCGUUUCACAUCGGAAGAGAAACGUGCUUUAGAUCGUAUGCACAAUGACAUAUACAAUGAAGUACGUUUAGCUGCUGAAGCACACCGUCAAACGCGUCAGCAUAUCCAAAAAUGGAUCAAACCCGGCAUGACAAUGAUCGAAAUUUGCGAAGAAUUGGAAAAUACAGCUCGUAAAUUAAUCGCCGAAAAUGGUCUAAAAGCUGGACUUGCUUUUCCAACUGGAUGUUCGAGGAAUCAUUGCGCUGCACAUUAUACACCAAAUGCUGGUGAUCCAACUGUUUUGGAAUAUGACGAUGUUGUGAAAAUUGAUUUUGGGACUCAUAUCAAUGGACGGAUUAUUGAUUGUGCGUUCACGCAUACUUUUAAUCCCAAGUAUGAUAAGUUGGUGGAGGCGGUUCGUGAUGCCACCAAUACUGGGAUUAAAGCUGCAGGGAUUGAUGUACAGCUGUGUGAGAUUGGAGCUGCAAUUCAAGAAGUGAUGGAGUCGUAUGAGCUGGAAUUGGAUGGGAAAACUUAUCCGAUUAAGUCGAUUAGGAAUCUUAAUGGACAUUCGAUUUCGCCGUAUAGAAUACAUGCUGGGAAAACUGUUCCGAUUGUUAAAGGAGGUGAAGCUACUGUUAUGGAAGAGAAUGAGUUUUAUGCGAUUGAAACUUUUGGAUCGACUGGUAGAGGCGUUGUUCAUGACGAUAUGGAUUGUUCACACUAUAUGAAGAAUUUUGAAUCUUCAUAUGUUCCGUUACGUCUCCAAUCGUCAAAAACCCUUCUAAACAUUAUAAACAAGAACUUCGGAACAUUGGCGUUCUGUAAGCGAUGGUUGGACCGCGCAGGCGCGACCAAAUACCAAAUGGCUUUGAAGGAUUUAUGUGACAAAGGUGUCGUAGACGCAUACCCACCUCUAUGUGACAUCAAGGGUUGUUACACAGCUCAAUUCGAACACACCAUCAUGCUUCGUCCAACCUGCAAAGAAGUGGUGUCACGUGGUGACGAUUAUUAAUUGUUUUUGUAAAUGUUUGUCAUUUUGUUUACAAUUUAUUGUAAAUAAAUAAAACGAUUUUUUUUCUCA